CAUGUGACUGUGACGACAAUUUGUUGAUAUUUCACAGUCCGAGCAGACUUGUUAGUAAACUAAACCGGAAGGGGUAACACAAGCAUGGCGGCCUAUGGAAGGUUAUGUGAUAUUUGCGAAGCCAGAGAAAUAACAGUAUUUGCCACUGACUGGUGUCCAGAAUGUGAACAAAGUCUCUGUGAAUCAUGCAAAUCUCACCAUUCCGCUGCCAAACUUAGUAAAACUCAUGAAACUAUUCCUGUCGAAUCUUUUGAUAAAUUACCUCCUGCUGUAAAAGACAUAAAGAAUGACUGUCCUGAUCAUGAAGCAAGAUUUGAAUAUUAUUGUAGUCAGCAUGAAUUACCCUGCUGUGUUGAAUGCAUGAAAACAACCCAUUUAGAAUGCCGACAUUUAUCUCCAAUGCAUAAAGUUGUUGAACAUUUCAAAACCUCAAAUUCGCUUUCCGACUUUCAUCAAACAUUAUCAGAUUUGCUCAACAACUUAAAUUCUUUAAUAAAAGGCCGAUUUGAUAAUAUAUCGCUUCUUGCCGACGAGAAGGAAAAAUGUUUGAAAGAAAUCGCAGAUACCAAACGGAACGUCAUUGCUCAUCUUGAUAAACUUGAAAUAAAACUUAAAACCGAAAUAGAAGUUUUACACGAAGAACAUUUGCAGGCAAUUGACGAAACGAUAAAAAAGUUCGAAGUAUUAAAAACAAAUGUUGCAAAAGUGCAAGAAGAAGCGGAUAUUAUUAAACAGUAUGCAUCAGAUUUCCAAUUGUUCAUAGCAUUUAGAGAAUUCGAGAGCACAGUGAAGAGUUUAGAAAAAGAUGUACAAUCUUUGAUUGAAAGAGAUUCAGCAAGGCAAAUUUCAAUAUCGUUUUCUACCAAAGUCGAGCUUGCGAUCGAAACGUUGUUGCCCUCCCUUGGUAAUGUAAAUGUGAUCACAAAAGAAUCGGAUAUUAAACUGAUCAACCACAGGGGGAAACAAGCACAACUUCUGGCAAUUGUAACGCCUUGUAUUGACAAAAUACAACUUAAACCUGUGUUUGAAAGUGUACAGUUUCAAAGUGGAGAGGAUAGCAAGCUUACUAUAUGGGAUAAUUGCUUUCUAUCACCUGGACGACUUGCUAUUUCGGAUGAAUUGAACAAACGCUUAAUUAUUUUCAAAGAUAACGGUGACCAUGAAAGGGAUGUACAAUUAUCAUUCAAGCCAAAUUAUAUUGCAUUUAUUACAGGUAACGAAAUUGCAGUGGACGAUAGCAAUUGUAAGAUCCAUAUAAUAAACAUGACAAAUUCUGCAGUUGAUCGAUCCUUUGUAGUGAAAGGCAAGGCAAUAAAUGCUUUCUCGUUUAGGAAAAGCCAAUUCCUUAUAACAGUUUUUCAUAUUGGAUUUUAUAUAACCGAUAUUGAAGGGAACAUCCUGAGUAAAACACCUUAUACAGACACCAAUAUUUUAUUUGCAGUGUUACUGAAUGAAAAAAUAUAUUUUUCACAACAUUCAAAAGAUCGGAUCGUUUGUUGCGAUUUGAAAGGGAAUGAAAUUUAUGAAUUUAAAGACAAGAAAUUAAAAACACCGUUGGGUGUAGCAUGUAAUGACAAAAACAUUUUGUUUAUCACAGGAUUUCAAUCAAAUAAUAUAUAUGCACUAUCGAGUACUGGAAAUGAAUUUAAAGAAUUGUACUGCAACAGUAAUCUAUCUCGUGCUAGGGCAAUCAGUUAUGAUUCUAGUAAGCAGCAACUGUUGGUAUCGACUGAAAAUGGCAAAGUAUCUUUAUUUGACGUCAGUUAUUAGACAGUAGUAAUUGCAAUUAGUCGUGUUAUAUUGUAAUUUCAUGUAACACCUGGAACCUGAUUAUUCUUCCUAAUGAAAUGAAUAUAUUUUAGUGAAAA